AUGGUUCAAAGUUAUCCACCAGUGAUAUCCGGUGACCAUGUGGCCAUCAAGAUAUUUCCGCCUCACUCCCUGAUACCUGAGCAGAAAAUUCUAGAAGUCACUAAGAAGAUCACUGAGUUGCUGACAGGAGAGGAUAAAGAUCUGAUUACUAUUAAAGUUGAAUUUACUGAUGAAGAGGAGCAAAAUGCAUUGUAUGAUCAACAGCAUGCCGAGAAGAAAAAGGAGGGUUUGAGUGCAAUAAAAGUGGAGGAGGAUGAAAUUGCUAUACAGGCCGACAUAGCAGACAGAGAUAACAGCAAGAUAACCCUGAGGAAACAUGGAGACUGUAGUACAAAAAGUAAGAACAUCAUAAGGGAUUUCCCUGGAGAAAAUACUCUUACCCACAAUAUCGAUCUAGGACUUCACAUUGUGCAGAGAUCGCCAGAUCCCUCCAUUCCAGAGGAAUCUUCUGAAAAUGGUCAAUCCUUCCACCAGAAUGUUCAGACCGCUAAUAAACGCUUUAAAUGUCCUGACUGCGGGAAAUGUUUUUCGAAACAAUCAGAAUUAAUCAAGCACGAGAGAGUUCACACUGGAGAGAAACCAUUUCGGUGUCUGGAGUGCGGGAAAAGUUACACCAAUCAGUCAGUUCUUGUGAAACACCAGAAACUCCACACGGGAGAAAAGCCUUUCUCCUGCUUGGAUUGCGGCAAACGUUUCACCCAGAAGGCCCAUGUACGUCGCCAUCAGAUGCUCCACACCGGCGAGAAGCCUCUUACAUGUCCUGACUGCGGAAAAAGCUUCUCGCGUAAGUCAAGUCUGAUUGACCAUCAAAGGACUCACACGGGAGAAAAGCCUUUCCCUUGUUCUGAGUGCGAUAAAAGUUUCACCCAGAAGUCCAACCUGAUCCGUCACCAAAGGACUCAUCGAGAUGAAAAGACUGUCAUCUGCUCAGAGUGUGGGAAAUAUUUCACCCAUAAGGCCUUUGUGAUACACCAAAGCAUUCACAGAGGGGAGGAUCCAUUUCCUUGUUAUCAGUGCGGUCAAUGUUUUACCCAGAAAUCCGAUCUUCUGGCCCAUCAAAGACGUCAUGCAGGAGAACACACUGGACUUUCGUGA